AUGCGCCAAACCAUCUUAUUACUGGCAGUCUCAGUGGCAGCUUCCACUACAGCAUCAGCAAAAUCCACCACUCACAACGAAACCAUUUACAAAUACACGUACGACCUCAACACCACAUACCAAGGCUGGCCAAACUUCUUCUCCGGCUUCGACUUUGAAGAUGAUGCGAAUCCACCGGGAUCAGGAUAUGCUGCAUAUGUCAAUCAAAGCUAUGCGCUAUCGAAUAACAUGAUCAGCAAUGGAACCAACGGAGCAGUUCGCAUAGGAGUCGAUCAUACAACCACCAUCAGCAGUAAAAGCAAAAGUGGCAGAAAAGCAGUCAGACUGAAUAGUAAAAUGGUCUACAGCUAUGGCUUGUUCAUAGCAGAUUUCACACAUAUGCCUGGAGGUAUCUGUGGAACAUGGCCUGCCUUCUGGAUGUCCGGCCCCACUUGGCCCAUAGGCGGCGAAUUAGACAUCCUCGAGGGCGUCAACACAAAUCCACGCAACAAGAUAACCGGCUACACAAAUGCCACAGGCUCCUGCACAAACUCCCAAGUCAUCAUCUCCUCCAACCUCACUUCCACAGAUUGCACAGAUCUGGAAGACACUGGAUGUAGUAUGUCAUCCUCCUCUACUGCCUCGUAUGGCACUGGCUUCAAUGCAAACUCAGGCGGCGUCUACGCUACAGAAUGGACCCAGCAGACUGGUAUACGCGUCUGGUUCUUUCCUCGCAGCUCCAUACCCUCUGACAUCGUUUCCGGAAAGCCAGAGCCUAGUACCUGGGGCAUUCCUGCUGCUGCAAUUCCGGCGGAAAGUUGUGAUAUGAGUACGCAUUUCUUCAAUAUGCAAUUGGUGUUGAAUACCAAUUUCUGCGGUGGUUGGGCGAAUAGGACGUGGAAGACUAGUGGAUGUAAUAGGUAUGCGGAUACUUGUGAGGAGUUUGUGAGGAGCAACCCUAAGGCUUUUGAGGAUGCUUAUUGGGAAGUGAACUAUAUCAAGAGCUACACUGGCAGAAAUGUUAGUAGUGUGGUUGCUGUCAACGGUACCACUUCUUCGGCGACGAUGAGUGUUAGACCUCCGAUGCUGUUACGAUGGCUUACAAGGAUGAUGUUGUGA